AUGUUUGGUAAAUUUAGAAGUUUAUUGAGUUGGGAUAAACGUACUGUAGUACAACGUUAUACACAAGAUCUGUCACAAAUUACAGGUGAAAUUCAUGUCCUUGAGAAAAAUUUACAACAAGGUCAAAUAACGAUAAAUCGUAUUCAAUCACAACUGACUACUUAUGGACUUAUGGUAUCUGGUGUAGUGAUGGCAUAUGUGUACAUGGAACGUAUCUUUCCUUAUUGGAGUGUACCUGUAUGCUUGACGAUGACCUUUAUAUCUUGUAUUAUUAUGCUAUUAUCAUUAAAAUGGUUAUUUUCAUUAAUGUAUGGAAAAUAUCAAACUUAUCAAAAUAAGAAAUUGAAUAAAUUGAAAGCUAUACAUCAAAAGAAAUUAAAUGAACUUAAAAAGGAGACAAAUUUUCAUGAGACUAAUUCAAUUAUACAAAGAUUUUCAUCAGGAGAAGAUCAAUCUGAAGAUGCAAUGAUUUUAGUUGAUGAUGAAUUAAAAGAAAAAUAUUCUGAAUUACAAAAUUUAAAGAAUGAAUUAGAGUCACUAAAACAAAAAGAAAAUCAAACAGGUUUAAAUAAAGAUGAAAAAGAUGUUUGGUUUGAUAAAGUUAUUGGUGUACUUGCUGGUGGUAAUAAUUUAGAUAAUUUACCAAAACCUAUUGUAUGCCCUAAUUGUAAAAAAUACUCAGGCGCAUAUAGAAUCAUUGGGAAACCUUUACUUUUCAUUUGUCCUUAUUGUCAAUAUAAGAUCGGUGAAAAUACAGAUUUAGUUCAACCUUCAGAACAACAAAAUGACACUAAGAAGGAAUCAUUGAUUGAAAACCAACCAAUAGAGAAAUAA